GGUUCUUUGUGCAAAUAUUUGAGUCUCCAUACAAGUGACUGGGUGAGCUCCUGUCGUUUGGCACACUCUAUAACCAGGGGCUUGGCGUAUCUGCACACGGAGCUGCCUCGAGGAGACCAUUACAAACCUGCAAUAUCCCAUCGUGACUUGAACAGCCGCAAUGUACUGGUAAAGAAUGAUGGAACAUGUGUAAUUAGCGAUUUUGGACUCUCCAUGAAGUUAACUGGAAACAGGCUGGUACGCCCAGGUGAGGAAGAUAAUGCAGCCAUUAGUGAGGUCGGUACGAUCCGCUAUAUGGCCCCAGAAGUGCUUGAAGGAGCAGUGAACUUGAGGGACUGUGAAUCUGCUUUGAAACAAGUAGAUAUGUAUGCACUAGGUCUUAUCUACUGGGAGAUAUUUAUGAGAUGUACAGACCUCUUCCCAGGGGAAUCUGUGCCAGAGUACCAGAUGGCUUUCCAGACAGAAGUCGGAAACCAUCCCACUUUUGAAGAUAUGCAAGUCUUGGUGUCUAGAGAGAAGCAAAGACCAAAAUUCCCAGAAGCAUGGAAGGAGAACAGUCUGGCUGUGAGGUCCCUUAAAGAAACAAUUGAAGACUGUUGGGAUCAAGAUGCUGAAGCCCGACUAACAGCACAGUGUGCUGAGGAGAGGAUGGCAGAACUCAUGAUGAUUUGGGAGAGAAAUAAAUCAGUUAGUCCAACGGUCAACCCAAUGUCAACUGCCAUGCAAAAUGAGCGGAACCUGUCACAUCAUAGGCGUGUAUCAAAGAUAAGGCCAUAUCCAGAUUAUUCUUCCUCUUCCUACAUUGAAGAUUCAAUCCACCACACUGACAGCCUAGUGAAGAACAUUUCUUCUGAACAUUCAAUGUCCACUACACCAUUGACUUCAGGGGAAAAGAAUAGAAACUCCAUUAAUUAUGAGCGGCAACAGGCACAAGCUCGCAUCCCUAGUCCUGAGACAAGUGUCACCAGUUUAUCCACCAAUACUACCACCACCAAUACAACUGGCCUCACUCCUAGCACGGGCAUGACCACCAUAUCCGAAAUGCCUUACUCCGAUGAAACAAACCUACAUACUACAAAUGUCAUGCAGCCAGGUGGGCCCACCCCUGUUUGUCUGCAGCUAACAGAGGAGGACUUGGAGACAAAUAAAUUGGAUCCAAAAGAAGUGGAUAAGAACUUGAAAGAAAGCUCUGAUGAGAAUCUGAUGGAACAUUCACUUAAGCAGUUUAGCGGGCCAGAUCCGCUCAGCAGCACUAGUUCCAGCUUGCUUUAUCCACUAAUAAAACUUGCAGUAGAGGUGACAGGACAACAGGACUUCACACAAGCUGGCAAUGGGCAAGCAUGUUUGAUUCCGGAUGUCCAAUCUGCUCAGGUCUAUCCUCUACCCAAACAACAGAACCUUCCGAAGAGGCCUACUAGCCUCCCCCUAAACACCAAAAAUUCAACAAAGGAGCCACGGUUAAAAUUUGGUGGCAAGCACAAAUCAAACUUGAAGCAAGUGGAAACAGGCGUUGCCAAGAUGAACACUAUCAAUGCUGCAGAACCUCAUGUCGUGACAGUUACCAUGAACGGAGUGGCUGGGAGAAACCACAGCAUAAACUCUCAUGCUGGCACAACCCAAUAUGCCAAUGGGACAGUGCCGUCUGGCCAGACAACCAGUUCGGCAGCGCAGAGGGCUCAAGAAAUGCUUCAGAACCAGUUCAGUGGAGAGGAUGGUCGGCUGAAUAUUAAUUCAAGCCCUGAUGAGCAUGAACCCUUGUUGAGGCGGGAGCAACAGGUUGGCCAUGAUGAAGGUGUUCUGGACCGCUUAGUAGAGAGGAGAGAGCGACCACUGGAUAAUGGCCGAACAAAUGCCAAUAACAACAACAGUAAUCCAUGUCCAGUACAAGACACAGCUACAGUCAGUAUCCAGAAUGUAGCAAGAAAUCCUGGGCAGACCCAGACUCGAAGAGCACAGAGGCCUAAUUCACUGGAUCUAUCAGCCACAAAUAGUUUGGAUAGCAGUAGUAUGCAGUUAGGUGACUCCUCCCAGGAUGGUAAAUCAGGCUCAGGAGAAAAGAUCAAGAAACGUGUGAAAACUCCAUACUCACUGAAGCGGUGGCGUCCUUCAACGUGGGUCAUCUCCACUGAGCCGCUGCACUGCGAGGUCAACAAUAAUGGCAGUGACCAAGCAGUCCACUCCAAAUCCAGCACUGCUGUUUACCUUGCGGAAGGAGGCACUGCCACCACAAUGGUAUCAAAGGACGCAGGAGUAAACUGCCUGUGAAAUACUUUAAAAGCCGACAAAUGACCUUUUUUUGCAUUAUUUGAAACAAACAUGCAGAAGACAUUUUAAAAAACUGCUUUCUCCUCCUGUCAGCAACCCCUACCAAGGACUCGCUUUAAAUAGAUUUCAGCUAUGCAGAAAAUUUUUAGCUUAUGCUUCCAUAUUUUUUAUUUUGUUUUAUUUUUGAACGUUUUUGCACUUUUAUUUAGUAUCGCUAAAGUUAAGUCUGUCUGUUUUGACCACGGAAUAUAUAUAUGUGUAUCAAAAAUGUGGUCUCAAAAUAUUUUUUUAAAAAAAGUAACAAAAAAAGUAUUGCUGAUAAUCAGUUUGGACCAAUUUCUUAAGGUCACUAAGAUCAUAAGCAGACUAUAAGACAGGUUUGACUGCAGUGGUGUCUUGUAACCAUGUUUUGAUUUCUGUGCACAAGCUAGUUUGUAUAUUUCUAUGUUACAA